AUGAAAGAAAAUGAAUAUAAAUUAAAUUUAAUAAGAUUAUAAAGAAUAUUAAGAAGGCCUAUUGAAUAUGGUUAUUUUUUCUUUAAAUUAAAACAAAUCAAAAAAAAAAGGAUUAUGUAGAGCGCCAAGAGUAUGAGGUUUAAUUGUCUAAUAAGGACGGAGUAACUCUUUAGCAUGACAUAAUGAA